AAGCGCCAGCAAUUGCGCCCAGGCGCGCGGUGCAAUGUGGGCCAGCAAGAGGCGCGGCUGGCCUCGCCCCUGGACCGCCCACGAGGCCGGCGCCCCCUGCCUCAUUACGCUCAGAAGCUCUCCAGACCCACGCGGUGGAGUCCUUCCUCUGGAGGUGGGGAAGGAGGUACACCCUGCGCGUGAUCCUUGAUGCCCGCCCCCUGCCCCUCCCUCCGGGUGGAGCUGCCUCAUCACCGCCAGACUUAAGCUGAGGCUUCUUGGCUCUCUGGCAGUUUGUAGAACCGAGCCCACGCCACACUAUCCUGUUCACGCUCUGUGCUUGUGCCAAGAGGACAAUGGCGGUUUCCUGUGUUCUCCUGCACACUGGGCAGAAGAUGCCCCUGAUUGGUCUGGGUACCUGGAAGAGUGAGCCUGGUCAGGUGAGGGAUGGGAGAAGAAAAGAAAAACUUGUGAAGCCUCUGCCUGCAUUUUUCUAGCAGCUCCAGCCCCAUACUGCCCUUCCAGUAGGGAUGAGCCUGGAGAGCAAUGGGAAGAGAUAAGAGAAGAGUACAGUUACACACCCUGGACUUCUCCAGCUGACUCAGAGUGGGCUGAGGGGCCCAGCAGGGCCAGGGCCAUCGGAAGGACAUCUUUCUCUAACUGGAUCUGCACUGAGUGCUGUGGCAGACAUGGGGCCCCUCUGUGACCAUUCCUGUGCUAUGACCCCUAAUAUGGCAGUUAUCACCCUGUGCUGUGAUCAUGUCUCCUCUCCCACAUUGGGCUCUUUGAGGGCUGGGCCUUUCUGUACCUCUCUGUCCAGAAUUAGGCACAAAGCAGAUGUCAAGGUUUGAAGAAGAACUAGGUGAACUGUAUAAACCAAAGGUAAAAGCAGCUGUUAAGUAUGCCCUUAGUGUAGGCUACCGCCACAUUGACUGUGCUGCCAUCUACGGCAAUGAGCCUGAGAUUGGGGAGGCCCUGAAGGAGGACGUGGGACCAGGCAAGGCAGUGCCUCGGGAGGAGCUGUUUGUGACAUCCAAGCUGUGGAACACCAAACACCACCCCAAGGAUGUGGAGCCUGCCCUCCAAAAGACUCUGGCUGACCUUCAGCUGGAAUAUCUGGACCUGUACCUGAUGCACUGGCCUUAUGCCUUCGAGCGGGGAGACAAUCCCUUCCCCAAGAAUGCUGAUGGAACUAUACGCUAUGACUCUACCCACUACAAGGAGACUUGGAAGGCUCUGGAGGCACUGGUAGCUAAGGGGCUGGUGCGAGCGCUGGGCCUGUCCAACUUCAACAGUCGGCAGAUCGAUGACAUACUCAGUGUGGCUUCCGUGCGUCCAGCUGUCUUGCAGGUGGAAUGCCACCCAUACUUGGCUCAGAAUGAGCUAAUUGCCCACUGCCAAGCACGUGGCCUGGAGGUAACUGCUUAUAGCCCUUUGGGCUCCUCUGAUCGUGCAUGGCGUGAUCCUAAUGAACCUGUCCUGCUGGAGGAACCAGUAGUCCUGGCAUUGGCUGAAAAGUAUGGCCGAUCUCCAGCUCAGAUCUUGCUCAGGUGGCAGGUCCAGCGGAAAGUGAUCUGCAUCCCCAAAAGUAUCACUCCUUCUCGAAUCCUUCAGAACAUCAAGGUGUUUGACUUCACCUUUAGCCCAGAAGAGAUGAAGCAGCUAAAUGCCCUGAACAAAAAUUGGCGAUAUAUUGUGCCUAUGCUUAUGGUGGAUGGGAAAAGAGUCCCAAGGGAUGCAGGGCAUCCUCUGUACCCCUUUAAUGACCCAUACUGAGACCACCACUUCUUGGCCUUCCUUCCAGCUCUUCAGCUAAUGAGGUCCUGCCACAACAGAAAGAGAGUUAAUAAAGCCAUGAGAACAUCCA